AUGAAUAACACAAGGCUUUCAGUUGCAGGGCUUUUGCUCAUUCUGAUGCACUGCUGCGCUUUCAGCAGGGCAUCCACUGCCCACCGUCCAUCAACCGCUCAACAAUUUUCUUCACCCACGUCACAGAUUGUGCAUAAUUCUCUUUCAUCCAGCACAUCCACCUCGUUGAAGGCCACUGUGCCGAUCACCGAACCAACCGAUGAAUUCUUGCAGCCCAUCCGAAGGAGACGACCACAAUUGGAUUCCGGAUUGCGGUAUUCCAGCAAUGAUUGGUUGAUCAACUUGUUGCUGACUCCAACCUCUUAUAUCUUGAAGCGUGUGCGAUUCCAUCUUCUGACAAAUGUCGUUGGGUGUAUCCUGAUUAUCCUUGCGCACGAACGCUACCCCUGGAUCGGAAUCCCAAUGGCUGGACAUUCCCUAGUGGCAUCAUCCCUCGGUCUUUUGCUUUCUUACCGAACCAACUCGGCAUACGCUCGAUUCUGGGAAGCACGAGGACAUUGGACCAAUACCAAGGCAACCUGCCGCAAUUUGGCAAUGAUGAUGAAGACUCAUAUUGGACCAAGCUCCCCAAAAGCUACCGAAAAAUUUAUGGAACUACUUGCUGCUUAUCCUUUGACCUUGAUGCAUCUCUGUCUGGGAGGAGCUGCACGUCUCCCCGAAUUCGCUGCCAAGUUGCUCCCAAAGACAGAUAUGGAUUACCAGGUCAAUCACGCCUGGCCUGGGAUGCUGCUAUGUACUGAAAUGCAAAAGACCCUCCACGAGGCGGAAAGGGAAUCCAAGACGGCAAAAUGGAACCUGAUCGAAUCUGCUCAUCACAGCGCUGCAUCCCACAUGAUUGACAGUUUGAUGACCAAGUUUGCCAACUGUGAGAAGAUUCUUCGCACUCCUGUUCCCUGGAGUUACUCACGACACACUUCUCGUUUCUUGAGUUUGUGGAUUGGCACUCUCCCACUUGCUCUAGUUGGAACAGUCAACAAGUGGCUGGUCCUUCCUAUCACUGUUGCUACUGGUUACGCUAUGCUUGGAAUUGAAGAAAUUGGCCACUUGAUUGAACAACCUUUCAUGGGAGACAAGCUGGAGGGAGAAAAUGCCCUUUUUGUGUCGGUUGGUGAGGACGGAGCGGCAUCGGACAUUAUCACUCGGGGACAAAAGACUCAGCCUUACGAUAUUGGUAUUCCUGUAUGCUCCUUAGCAUUGCAAAUCCGAAAUGAAGUACAAGCAAUUGGCAAUUUGGAAUUGACGCACGAUGAUCAUUAG